ACGCGCGUUCGAAUUUCAAACAGUCUCUCCGCAAUCGUUGAGGCGUUCGGGUGUGUGUUUGAAGUGAUAGUUUAAAAACAUAUGGACUAAAGUUUAGUUGCAUUUGGUGUCUCGGCGACGACAAAAUGGCGAUUUCAUUUAUCAGAUUAGGAAUCCGGUCUGCGGCCGUAAAUUUGGAGAGGAGUGCAGCUAUCGUGUCUACCAGUGUCAACAGUCAAUAUAAGUUAAUCCACACGAAACCAGUAUGCAACGGAAGCGUCUGCUUCCUACAGGAGAAGUCGCGGGACGAGCUUGUUGACAGAGUGGUAGCUCUGAGGAGGUACAGCAAACAACACGGGAGACCGGAGGAGGACAGGAGGAAACAUUCCGACAGCGAAAGCGAUUCGGAUUCCGACACGGAAUGCAAGGGCAUGGAGAGGUCAGAAUUCUGGCGACGCAAGAUGCGCACGGUCCACAACAUUCUCGACGUAGACAAGGACGGACUGAUCUCAUUCAACGAUUUCGUGCUGUUUUCUGAGAGGUUCAAAGCUCUCGGGCAUUUAGGAGAGAGUCAAGCUAAGGAGUUCUCGGAAAUUAUAAAGAUGACCUGGGAGGAACAGUGGGGUGCUAUAGACCCGUACAACUACGUGACAGUAGAACAGUAUUUAGAAGACAUGCAUCACGUGCUCAAUGAUAAGACGUUGAAGAAGAAGGCUCACCGCUGGCUGCCUUACUUGUUUAAGGCGGUAGACAAGGACAAGUCCGGCUUCAUAACGAUAAAGGAGUUCAAGCUGUUCUUCCAAUGUCUCGGGCUGGACAACGAACACGCGGCCGUCGCGUUUGCGGUCAUCGACACUAAUGGCGACGGAAAACUUUCACAAAAAGAGUUUGUCAAACUUGGCAAAGACUUCUUUUUCACGGAAGACGAGGCCAGGGUGUCCAAAAUGUUCUGGGGACCGCUGACGGAGGUGUGACAAUGAGAGAAUGACUGAAGAUGGGCAAAUUGGUCAGAAACAGUGAAAAUCAUCAAUUUUUAUCGCAAUUUAGAGCUGAUUAGAAUUUAAGCUUUAAUUUUUUGAUAUUCCAAAGCUAUAAUAAUAGCGUUUAGCGUUUAUUUUAAAAUUAUUGUUAUUUCAAAGAUACGUUUGAAAUAAUAAAGUGAUAAGUUUAGUAGGGUUUCAGGUAAGAAGUCUGAAUAAGGAAUCAUUUUAUGUCAAAUUUUUGAAUGGGGUUUUACGCCCGUGGGAAUUACCAAAAAGAAUGGUAUAUGAUUGACUUAACAUAAUUUGCUAUAUUCAAACAUAAGCUCAUAAAAAUUGAUCCUACGGUCAAGUCGUGAAAACCUAACGCAGCAUUUAUAAUUUUAAGUAUGGGCUGAAAUACCAUUUCAAAUCUAUCAUUUCAGCUUAAAAAUUUAUACUGGGUGACUAUUCUUAAACUCGCUCAAAACGUGAGAAAUGAUUUUCGUUUCAUACACAAUGUGUUAUCUCGAAUGCAUUUCGUUUUUAAUAAACGAAUAUCACAUUCUUCGACUGUGAGUCGUUAAAAGAAAUUGCCCAUCUUUAAAUUUAGGAUUUUUAAAUUUAGGUUAUUUUAAGGCAGCCUUUUGCGACAUUGUGAUUGUAACAAAUAAAACUCAAUUUGCCACAAGUUUGACGCCUUUUCAGAUAUUAUAAAACUAAUUUUACGAAAUAGUAAACUGAUAUUGUAAAAAUUUAAACGCGCUAUGCUAAAAACAUGAAUGUAUAUUUUUGGUAUACGUACUUUUUUGGACAUGUUCAGUGUGCUUAACAUAUAAAUAAUAAUAUAUAUGUGAUAACAUAAAAACAUUUCUUUAGCCACCUCGAGGUUUAUUUUUGAGUAGGGUAUCUUAGUUAAACCUGCCUAGUCGAAUUUUUUUUUGUUCGAUAAAUAAUUAUCGAAUGCUUUUCAUCACUUACACAGAAAUAGACCUCGAGGUAGGCCAAUUUAUUUUUCUAAACUAAAAACAAUCCAUGUUUCAAUUGUAAACUACAUUAUUAUUUAAGAAUUAAUUAAUUUUAUGAUUUAAGGAAUGACCAUUCGUUAUUGAAUUUGUUGAUACUAUUAAGUAGACAA